AAAAUUCACGUUUAAACAUUUAGCAGACUUUGUAGAAAUUUUAGUGAGAAAUCUAAUAAAUGUUUAGCUAAUCACAUUUAACGAAAUCAAAUUCAAGUGUAUUAAAUACAGACGCAUAUAAACCACUAUAUGUACAUAAACUCAAAUCUCUUUUAGAUUAUGAACACUACGGAGACAUAUGUGAGCUGGCCUUGCAGACUAAAGAUUGGUGCCAAGAGCAAGAAGGAUCCUCAUGUGCGUAUUGUGGGUAAGGUGGAUCAGGUGCAGCGCGCCAAGGAUCGUAUUCUGAGCAGUCUUGACUCGAGAGGCACACGUGUCAUUAUGAAAAUGGACGUCAGCUAUACGGAUCACUCGUACAUUAUUGGACGCGGCGGCAAUAAUAUUAAACGCAUUAUGGAUGACACUCAUACGCACAUUCACUUUCCCGACUCGAAUCGUUCGAAUCCAACUGAGAAAUCGAAUCAAGUGUCGCUGUGCGGCACCCUCGAGGGCGUGGAGCAUGCCCGAGCUCUGGUGCGUCUCUCGACGCCGCUGCUGAUCUCCUUUGAGAUGCCAGUAAUGGGUCCGGGCAAGCCGCAGCCCGAUCACGAGACACCCUACAUCAAAACGAUCGAGAGCAAGUACAAUGUGCAGGUCAUAUUUUCUACGCGUCCCAAGCUACACACUUCGCUGGUGCUGGUCAAGGGUUCCGAAAAGGAAUCGAUCAAAGUGCGCAAUGCCACACAGCUGCUGAUAAAUUAUGCCUAUGAAUGCAUUGCCAGCCAAAUUACCGUAAAUGUGCAAAUGGAGAUUACGCCGCAACAUCAUGAGAUCGUUAAGGGUAAAAAUAAUGUGAACUUGCUAAGCAUUAUGGAGCGCACACAGACCAAAAUCAUUUUUCCUGAUCUGACCGAUAUGAAUGUGAAGCCAUUGAAAAAAUCGCAGGUGACAAUCACUGGACGCAUCGAUGAUGUUUAUAGGGCACGACAACAAUUGCUUGGCAAUUUACCUGUUGCACUGAUAUUUGACUUCCCCGACAACCAAAACGAUGCUUCCCAGAUAAUGGGCCUCAAUAAUAAAUAUGGCGUCUAUAUAACAUUACGACAAAAGCAGCGACAGAGCACAUUGGCCAUUGUGAUCAAGGGAAUUGAGAAAUUUAUAGACAAAAUUUACGAGGCGCGCCAGGAGAUUCUGCGACUGGCAACGCCGGCGAUACGGGCCGAGAUACCCGAUUACUAUUAUAUGCCCAAGGACAAGGAUGUCAAUCUGGCAUAUCGCACACAGCUGACAGCGCUGCUCGCCGGCUAUCCAGACAGCCCCAAGACGCCGUCGCUGAUGCCGCCCAACAUGGCCAAUCAUCUGGCGCAAUUUGCCAACAACAACAACAGCAACAACAACAACAGCAACAGCAACAAUAACAAUAACAACAACAAUCAUCUGUUGCCCAAUGCUAAUCCUGUUAGUAGCAUGGCCACGCCCACUGGCAUAUGUGUGCCCACGCAGAAGUAUCUGCAGCUGCAUGACAGCAGCUAUCAGCCGCGCCAGCUGCUCAACUUGCCCAACAACAACAACAGCAAUGGGAACAACAACAACUAUCUGCUGCCUGGCGCUAUCCUGAAGCCGCCGCCGCCUCCACAGCAGCAGCAGCAGCAGCACAGCGUUGUGCCCGUUGUGGCAAUUUCAGCGCCAUUGAACACAUCGCCACGUAAUAGCUGCAGUCAGAACACGAGCGGCUAUCAGAGCUUCAGCAGCAGCACCACCUCGCUGGAGCAAUCGUAUCCGCCUUAUGCGCAGCUGCAGGCUGCGGUCUCCUCGACCUCCUCCUCAUCGGGCAGCUUCGCCAAUCGCGCGCACUACUCGCCCGACUCGACGCACAGCAGCGAAACCGGCAGCAUUGUGGGCAAUAUGCGUCUGGGACGUCGCCUAAGCGAUGGCGUUCUGCUUGGCCUGGGCAAUGGCACAGGCGGCACUCAUCUGCUGCCCGGCAGCGCCGAAAGUUAUCGCCAUCUGCAUUACGAUCUGGCUACAGCUGCUGGCAAGCAACAGCAACAGUUGCAGCAACAGCAACAGUUGCAGCAACAGCAACAGCAGCAGCAGCAGCAACAGGCAACUCAACGCGCCUUCAACUUUGAUAUGAAACGCGCGCUUGGCUUCAAGGCCAUGGAACGCACUCCAGUGCCCGGAGAACUGCGCACGCCCACGCCCGCCUGGCUGGGCAUGGGUCUAAGUCGCACCUCGCCGGCACCAAUCGAGACGGGUGACGAUGGUGAGUGCGCCAGUGCCAACGGCUGGCGCAUACCGCCACCGCCGCCAGGAAUCAGCUCACCUUAUGGCUUAAGCGCCACCACGGGCCUGCUCGACGCAACGCCCGUGAAUCGACGCAUGCAGUUAAGCCAACAUAAAGAUAUACAGACACUACUGACAAGUCUUGGACUGGAGCAUUACAUCAAAAUUUUCGUGCUCAACGAAAUUGAUUUGGAAAUGUACACCACACUGACAGAGGAGAAUCUCAUGGAGCUGGGCAUCACCGCUUUCGGAGCUCGCAAGAAGCUGCUGGCGGCCAUACAUACGCUCUUGGCCAACGAAGCCGCCUGCAGUAGCAUGCCCAGCAGCAGCUCCUCGCAGAGCUCCUCGCCGCGAUUCUCCGGCAGCGCUGCGCCCGGGGCCGAGCGACGCCCCUCGAAUCAGUGGUAAAGGUUUUUCAGUUUUAUUCGCCCGCCGUACAUCUGAAAAUCCAUAGCCCAAAAUAACAAAAAAAAAAAAAAAA